AUGGGCACUGUGACAGAUUCAGAACAGACACACAACGGUCUGGAUACUAGGGAUAACAAUGAGCGCUUGUUCAAAGGGCCACUGCAACUCUCGGGUGUCUUAGAAAAGUACAAAUCUUUUGAUGUCACCCCGAUUAUUGGCAGGGAGUUUCCCGAUGUCAGUCUUAGGGAUUGGAUAGAGUCGCCCAACUCAGACGCAUUGCUUAAAGAUCUAGCAGUUACAAUAUCCCAACGAGGCGUGGUCUUCUUCCGCAAACAGAACGAUUUGACCGAUGAGCUCCAAAAGACUUUGGUCCAGCGACUAGGAGAGUUAACCGGAAAACCGAAAACAUCCAAACUACAUAUCCAUCCAUUCUUCUAUUCCGAACUGCCUCUCGGAGGUGAUGACGAUGAGCUAAAUAUCAUAAGCACUGCGCAGGACCAACUGGUCUUCGGCAAGCCGAAAAGAUUUGUCAAGAGACAGAACGCCCGUCAGGAAUGGCACACAGACAAUCUCCACGAGGUCAUUCCCAGUGAUUACUCCUUGUUGCGUCUCGUGGAGUUACCAAAGGGUGGAGGUGGAGACACUCUGUGGGCCUCGGGUUACGAAAUCUACGAUCGCAUUUCAAAACCAUACCAGCGAUUCCUGGAGACAUUGACUGCCACCUGCGCCCAGGCGAGUUACGAAAGACUUGCAAAGAAAAUGAACCGUCAGCUUUAUCCCGAACCUCGAGGGUCGCCAGAGAACACCAAGUCCACGGCAGUCCAUCCAGUGAUUCGUACAAACCCCGUCACGGGCUGGAAGAGCCUUUUCACUGCUGGGCUUUACGUCAGACGAAUCAAUGACUUGGAACCGACCGAGAGUGAGAAUCUUCUUCGGUGGUUUAUGGAGAUGAUGACAGAAAAUCACGAUCUGCAGGUGCGACAUAGGUGGCAGAGUCCGAACGAUGUUGCCAUUUGGGAUAAUCGAUCUGUCUUCCAUACGGGUACUCAGGAUAUUGAUAUCGAUGACCAACGGGUAGGUCAUAGGGCUUCAGGGAUUGGUGAGCGCCCGUAUCUGGACCCGGCGAGCACUAGUCGACGGGGAGCUCUCGACCUUCUUUGA